GGCUCCGCCUCCCCGGCGAUCCCGGCCAUGGCGCGGCAGCGGCGGCAUCUCCGCGGCCCGGAGCGGCAACGGGAGUGCCACGAACCGCCCGGGAACACGCGCGGCAACAACGGGGUUAAAGGGGCGGGGUCUGGGGCCGCGCCUCACGUUAAGAUGGCGGCGCCCGGCUCGGCGGCGGGGUUCCCGGAUGAGGCGGGGCGCCGCGAUUGGCCGCCGGGCCUGACCACGCCCCUUUCUUUGUACGGUGUCAUGGCGGCUCCCGCUCGGCCGGGCCGGCGCGGGGCGGCACUUCCGGUCCUGCGCAGUGCGCGGCCGCGGCCGCUCGGUGGCAGCGGCGCCGGAGGAGCCGCGCGGGCCCGGCUCUGACCACGCCCCCUCCCCUCUCGCCAUGGCCACGUCCCCUCAGCCAAUCAUCGUCCUGGACGACGAGGACGAGGAGGAGCGAGGCCCCGCCCCCUCGCCGCCAGGCCCCUCCCCCUCGCCAAGCCCCGCCCCCAGCCCCGCCCCUCCCCCAGCCCCCACCAUGGCCACGCCCCCGCCGAACGGGGCAGGGGGGGGGAGGGGCGGGGCCUUCUGGGAGGAGAACGAGCGGCUCUUCCGGGAGUUCCUGUCGGUGUGCGCGCCGCUGACGCAGGAGCACCCCGAGGUGCUGCCCUUCCUGAGCUCGCGCCACCUGCGCGCCCACCCCGACUUCCGGGGCUCGGCCGAGUUCCGGAACAUUCUGGGGCGGCUGCUGCGGCGCGUGCGGGGCCGGCGCCGCAAGGUCUACGUCUACAUCAACGAGCUGUGCACCGUGCUCAAGGCGCGCGCGCUGCGGCGCCGCCUGCCCCUGCGCGCCCUGCCCGCGCCCCCGAGCCCCGACGGAACCUUCCGGAACCCCGACGGAACCUUCCGGAACCCCGACGGAACCUUCCGGAGUCCUGACGGAACCUUCCUGAAUCCCGAUGGAACCUUCCAGAGUCCUGAUGGAACCUUCCAGAAUCCUCCCAGUGCCUCCCAGUGCCCUCCCGGCUUGUCUGAGUGCCCAACCAGUUUGUCCAGUUCAUCCCAGCAUCCCGACGGAGCUGAGCCGUCCCAGUGUGCCGCCACCAGUUCAUCCCAGUAUCCCAGGGAUCCAUCCCAGUGUCCCCAGGGCUCCUCUGGCGAUCCCGGUGCUCCAUCCCAGUAUCCCGGUGCUCCAUCCCAGUAUCCCAAUGGUCCGUCCUGGUGCUCCGACGCCUCCUCGCAGCAUCCCGGCAGUUCAUCCGCCAACCCCAGUGCCUCGUCCCAGUAUCCCAGCAGCUCAUCCCAGUGUCCCGGCACCCCAUCCCAGCAUCCCAGUGCUCCAUCCAGCAAUCCCAGCGCUCCAUCCCAAUAUCCCAAUGCUCCAUUGCAAUAUCCCAGUGCCACAUCCCAGUAUCCCAACGCUCCAUCCCAGUGUCCCAGUGCUCCAUCCCAGUGUCCCGGUGGUGCAUCCCAGCAUCCCAACGCUCCAUCCCAAUAUCCCAACGCUCCAUCCCAGUAUCCCGGUGCUCCAUCCCAGUAUCCCAAUGCUCCAUCCCAGUAUCCCGGCGCCCCAUCCCAGUAUCCCGGUGCCCAGCCGCAGCCCCCGGAGGCCUCGGGCCGGCGCGCGGGCGGCUCCCGGCGGCAGAUCCGGCACCUGGAGCACCUGCUGCGCGUCUACGCCAGCGAGAUCCGGCGGCUGCAGGAGCGCGAGCUGGACCUGGCCGAGCUGGACAGCGCCGACUCGCCGUACCUGCAGGAGAACCGCCUCAAGCGCCGCAUGAUGCGCAUCUUCCGCCGCCUCUGCCAGCUCAAGGACUGCAGCAGCCUGACGGGGCGCGUGCUGGAGCAGCGCAUCCGCUUCCGCGGCACGCGCUACCCCGAGGUGAACCGCAGCAUCGAGCGCUUCAUCAACCGGCCCGACGCCUUCCCCGACUACUCGGACAUCCUGCGCGAGAUCCGCGGCGCCAGCGCGCGGCACCGCCUGGGGCUGGGCCGGCGCCAGAUGGAGAGCAUGGCGCAGGAGGCGUUCCGCGAGGUGGGCAACCGGCUGCAGGAGCGGCGCCACCUCGACCUGGUCUACAACUUCGGGAGUCACCUCACCGACGAGUACCGGCCGGGCACGGACCCGGCGCUGUCGGACCCCGAGCUGGCGCAGCGGCUGCGGCGGAACCGGCGCCUGGCCCUGGCCCGGCUGGACGACGUCAUCGCGCGCUUCGCCCAGCGCCAGGAGCGGCACCGCGAGAGAGGGGACGGCGCCGCGGCCCGGAAACGGGCACGGGGAAACAGGGUAAAAAAGGGGGAAAUGGGAAAUGGAAAUGGGGAUGGGAAACGGGCACGGGGAAACAGG